AUGGCUCGCCUCGGUCCCGAACCCCGAAUCAACAGCAGGUAUCUCAAUGACCACAUCGGCGAGACGGUCCGUCUGGCUGCCAAGGUGACCGGUGUCUCUGGAGACACUGCUACCGUUCAGACAAGCGACGGAGGCACUGUUGGCAUUCAUAUUCCCAGAGACAUGCACAUCCAGGACGAAUACGUAGAGAUUAUCGGUACCGUGAAGGAAGAUUUAACAGUCAAGGCACACACUCAUAUCGGACUGGGAAAGUCUCUCGAUAUGAAGGCAGUCAACAGUGUAGUAGAAUUCUCACACAGUGAUAUCGGGUCGGGUGUACUUCACUAG